GGGCGUGGCUUUGCCUUAGAGCGCGUGAAUGGGAGCGGCGGCUGUUGGUGGCGGGCGUGCGUCACGUGAACGCUCGGCUCAUGUGACAGGGGACAAUCAAAACAGGAACAAAAUGGCAGCAACUGGAGACGAAGCCGCUGCUAUGGACAGCAUCUCCAAGGCACCAUCGACUCAUUCGGCGACUCUGAAUCCGACCGCGAGUGAUAGCGGUCAAGCAGAGGGCCCGGGGGAUGCAGCUGAAAGCCUUGCAGCCGCUCCGAAAAAACACGGCACAAACAGUGAUGGUGGUGUGGAGACAGCAGAGGAGGCUGUGGAGCCUGCAGAGCCCGAUAUAAACGAGUUGUGCACCGAUAUGUUUGAAAAGAUGGCCAUCUUCUUGCAAGGAGAACUAACAGGCACUUGUGAGGAUUAUCGUCUAUUGGAGAACAUGAACAAGAUUACUAGCUUGAAGUAUAUGGAAAUGAAAGACAUUAGCAUUAACAUCAGUCGUAACCUACAGGAUCUUAACAACAAGUAUGCAAGUUUACAGCCCUACUUGGACCAAAUAAAUCAGAUUGAGGAGCAAGUAUCUGCGCUUGAACAAGCUGCUUACAAACUGGAUGCAUACUCCAAGAAACUGGAGGCCAGAUUUAAAAAACUGGAGAAGCGGUGAGGGGGAAGAGGCGGUAGACUGAGAGCUAUGGUGCCUUCCCUUUCACCCUGCCUUGCAUUCUGUUUUCCCUGCCAGUGGAGCCAGGACCUGCAGGGAGGAUGUGAACUGAGACUGAAACAACAAACAGUCAGAGACACUUUGACACAUAGAAAAUACCAAGGAGGAAGCAGCUGAAUGCACAUGAGUUAGUAAUGCGGUGUUUGACUUAGACUUGACUCGACUCCAAUAUCACGCAGCCAAGGUAUACAACGUAUACCCAAAUCCUUUUGCAGAUGUCUUCCCCCCCCCCCCCUUUGUAGAAUAAAAACUCUAAAUAGACGGGCUGUAAUAACUGAGAGAUGGAGGAUAUAUUUAUUACUAAUCAGAUAGAAAUUCAAUGGAGUAUUCAACAGCAAUGUUAUACACAAUUUACAUGGCAAAGCAUGGUCACAGAUGUGUUUUAAGAAUGUGUUGGAAUCCCAGUCUCGUUCCUUGGAAAUUCUCUGAUACGGAGCCCUGAAAAUUUCAUUUGGCAGUACUAACUUAAAAUGAAUGGUAUAAAAGAACUUUUACACAUUCACUGAAGACUUCAAGAUGGUUAGCAAUGAUGAAGCUAUUGUGUAGAGGGCAGUUGAUAAUGAUGACACUUUGACCAUGGAGUUUGAAAUCUGCAGAUUAAAGACAUUUAAUAUGAAUGA